AUGUCACCAUAUCAAUUGGUUUUCGGGAAGGCAUGCCACUUACCUCUUGAGAUAGAACACCAUGCUUAUUGGGCAAUGAAGAAAUUGAAUUUGGAUUUCAAGGUUGCGGGUGAAAAACGUCUAUUACAACUUAAUGAGCUGGAUGAGCUUAGAAUGGAAGCCUAUGAGAAUUCAAGACUCUACAAAGAACGCACCAAAAAGUGGCAUGAUAUGCAUAUUCAGAGGCGUGAAUUUAUGGUAGGGCAAAAAGUGCUAUUUUACAACUCUAGGCUUAAGCUGUUUCUAGGAAAGUUGCGAUCGAGAUGGUCUGGCCCGUACACUAUUACACAGGAAUUUCCACAUGGGGCAGUUGAGAUCACUCACGACAGCAAGAGAACAUUCAAGGUCAAUGGACAACAUUUGAAGCAUUAUUGGGGCGGCGAUUUUUCAAAGGAAAACUCUACCGCUCAUUUUAGACCACCAGAAUGA